CGGCUAAUAUCUCACCUCUUCCCAUCGUAUGCUCUUUUUUUUCCCUUUGAAUAAAUUCCAAGUACCAAAAUUAAAUGAAAAAAAAAAUUAAAAGAAAAAAGCAAUGAUAGAGACGUGAAGGCGAAAGUGGGUAGUAUUCAGGUUGGAUUUCGAUGUGUUUGGGGUUCAGUUUCUGCUUCCAUGGAGUUAUUGCCUAUUGAGGGCUGUCAAAGUAUGCUUCUUCUUUUUUUGUCUCCAAUGUUUUUGUUUGAUAUUUGAAAUGAGUUGUUUGUGAAUGUUUGGGAAUCCGAUGAUUGUUGUCUGUUAGGUGUUUGAUUUUAGUUUUCUUAGAAAUUCUUUGAUUCUUUCUGGGGGUGGGAUUCUAUUUUAUUUUUAUUAUUUCUUUCAUUGCAUACACACACAUUUGUUCAUAUUAGGAACAAUAUUCUUUCAGUUUCUUUUUGUAAUUUUUCAUCGGAUUCCUUUUCGUUUUGUUUCUUUUGGUUUCUUGAAAAUUCACACACUCACUUAGAAACUUAUAGAUUUACAUGCAAAGUUUCACAUGAACACAUAGAGAAUUUAUAGAAAUUUCAUACAUUGCAUAGUUUACAAAGAGAUAGCGAAAGAAAAUAGGCAGAGAAAGGGCUUGGGGGUGGGUGAAUUAGUGAAUUGAAAUUGAAUUAGUGAAAGACAAAAGAAAGAACAUAUAUAGGAAGGGUGUAAAGACAUGUUGGCAGGGUGUUCUAGUUCUACAUUGUUGUCACCAAGGCAUAGAUUGAGGAGUGAAACAUCAGCAGUACAGUUCCAAGCUUGUCAUUUCCAGACUUCAAUGAGCACACAAAGAUUGGACUUGCCAUGUAAUUUUUCUCGCAAGGAAACAUCGAAAUCACAGACCAUCAGACCAGCAGUUGAAUCCAAGGCCAAGACCAGCAGUUGUUCUAUCAAGCAGAACAUCAGGCUGCCACCAUUGACGACGACUAGCGCGCAAAAUCCAUUCGAAGGGAGGAUAGAGAUCAAAGGUAAAAGUUUGAAGAGGUUUGCUGAACAGGGUCUAGUUGAUGAUGAGACGGUCAUUAAUAGGGCAAAGAGGAAAAAGGGUAGCAGUGAUGAUGAGAAACCAGGUGAUGAUCAUGGAGGUUUGAGUUUAGGCCAACUAGGUGCUGGGAAUUUUUGGUUUCAACCAAGUUUAUCAGGGGAUGAAGAAAGGGGGACACCCCCUUUGCCAUUGUCUAACAAUCCUUGGAUCGAUUCAGUAAUAACUGAACUCACUGGUGUUGGAGAAAAGGAUGUUGAGACGAUCCACAGGCCGGGAAAGGAAGCUUCAGGUUCGGGAUCAACGAGUACUUCGGAGGAGAGUCAUAGUUUGGGACCUCCACUGAAUGUGCAAGCCCAGGAACAUGAGAGGGGUAAUGGUUCUGGAAAUCCCUACCCGCAUGAAGGUGCUCGUUUGGGGGCUAAUGAGGAAGAGAUCAACCAUAGGGAGCACGAGGGAUUCGAGCUCAUCCGCCUACUUGCAGCUUGUGUUGAAGCCAUUGGCUCAAAGAACAUUGCUGCCAUCAAUCAUUUCAUAUCAAAGUUGGGGGAACUUGCUUCUCCAAAAGGAACUGUUAUAAGCCGUCUAACUGCUUACUAUACCGAAGCUUUGGCUCUUAGAGUCACAAGGGUUUGGCCUCAUAUUUUUCAUAUCACAACUCCUCGAGAGCUCGACCGGUUGGAUGAUGACAAUGGUACUGCAUUGAGACUAUUGAAUCAGGUAACCCCGAUUCUGAAAUUUGUUCAUUUCACAUCGAAUGAGAUAUUGUUGAGGGCCUUUGAGGGGAAGGACAGGGUUCACAUUGUAGACUUUGACAUCAAGCAAGGGCUUCAAUGGCCUAGUUUGUUCCAAAGUUUAGCUUCUAGGACUAAUCCACCGAGCCACGUUAGAGUUACCGGAAUCGGUGAAUCAAAGCAAGAACUGAACGAAACAGGAGACAGGCUAGCAGGAUUUGCGGAGGCAUUGAAUUUACCGUUCGAGUUCCAUCCAGUCGUAGACAGGUUAGAAGACGUAAGGUUGUGGAUGCUUCAUGCAAAGGAAAACGAAAGCAUAGCCGUGAAUUGUGUGUUUCAACUUCACAAGACACUUUACGAUGGAAACGGAGGAGUACUUCGGGACUUUUUAGGACUCAUUCGUAGCAUAAACCCCAUAGCAGUCAUCAUCGCAGAGCAAGAAACAGAGAACAACAUCCUCAACUUAGAAGCAAGAGUUGCCAAUUCAUUAAGAUACUACUCAGCCAUAUUUGACUCAAUUGAUUCCACCCUUCCCUUAGAGAGUCCAGUUAGGAUCAAAAUAGAAGAGAUGUUUGCAAGGGAAAUCAGGAACUUAAUUGCUUGUGAAGGAAGCGACCGGUUUGAAAGGCACACGAGUUUUGAGAAAUGGAGGAAGUUGAUGGAGCAAGGAGGGUUCAAAUGCAUGGGGAUUACUGACAGGGAACUGGUCCAAAGCCAAAUGCUGUUAAAGAUGUACACUAGUGAGAACUACAGUGUGAAGAAACAAGGACCAGAUGGUGAUGAUGGGGCACUUACUCUAAGUUGGCUAGAUGAACCACUUUACACAGUCUCAGCAUGGACCCCCAUUGAUGUUGCAGGCAGUUCAUCCUCAUUUUCUCAGCCAAGUUAAUAUUUUUUUUCUUACAUUUUCAUACAUAGAAAUUCUUUGCAGCUGGUAGAGAAAUGUUUGUCAUUAUUCUUUCAUUCUUUUGUUGCAGAUAAGAGAAUUGGGUCAUACAGUCUAGUUUAUUUUUUCAUACUGAGUCAGUCAAUUAGUUUGAUGCUUUUUAAUUAUUCUUUGAUUCUUUUAUGUAACCAUGGAAAUUUCAUUAUACAGAUAUGUUCAUUUUCAUUUUGUUGAAAGAUUUUAUCAGAAUUGUGAACAAUGUAGUUGGAAAUUUCAUCAUCAAAUUAUGAAUAAAAAAGGAUUUCAUUGUUUUGUGUUCA